AUGGCUCAUAGAGUAGUUGUUCAGACUAGAAAAUCAGGGCAGUUGAUUGUUGCUGCUAUUGAUUUUGGGACAACAUAUUCUGGAUACGCCUAUUCAUUUAAAGAUCACUAUCAACGAGACCCGCUUCAGAUAUUCAGUCAUUCAUGGGUAGAUGGUUACGGACUCUGCACCUUAAAAGUGCCAACAACAGUCCUCUUUGAUAAAGCUGGAGACUUUAAUGCGUUUGGUUACGAGGCAGAGGAAAAGUACGCAGAACUUUCCUCGUCGGAUAAACAUAUCGGAUGGAAGUACUUCCGACAUUUCAAAAUGACCCUUCAUAAUAGACCUAACCUAACGUUGAAAACAAAACUACGUGAUGACCAGGGGAAGACAAUGCCAGCCAUAAAGAUAUUUUCUGCCGCUAUUAAAUACCUGAAGACACACCUGUUUAACAAGUUGACAGAAUCUUACUACAACAGACAGCAAUCGGUCAAAGGCAAUUCAGUCGCUAAUGACGUUUAUAUCAACAUAGAUGACGAUAUACUUUGGAUCUUAACAGUUCCAUCUAUAUGGAGUGACUCAGCAAAACAAUUUAUGAGAGUGGCAGCUGUGCAGGCAGGUAUACCGGAGGGACAGCUUUUUCUUGCCUUAGAACCAGAAGCUGCAGCAAUAUUCACUAAAACAGCAGUACUGUCUACAAACAACAGCGAUGAGACAGGUGCCUUCGAGAACGAUUCGCAAUUUAUGGUGAUCGACCUUGGAGGCGGUACAGUUGAUAUCACCGUUCAUAAGGUCCAAAAUGAUGGGAAAUUACAUGAAGUUUACCCACCCAGUGGUGGACCCUGGGGUGGCACACUUGUCGAUGACCACAUUUAUGAGUUUCUGGAAAAUCUUUUUGGAAGGAAGGUUCUAGAAAAACUGAAGACGGAAAGCACUACUGAAACCCUCGAUAUGCACAGAACAUUAGAGUUGAAGAAGCGCCAGUUCAGAGUCACGGAUGAAGAUGAUGGGAAAGUUAAUUUAACAGUACCAGGUUCUCUGUAUGAAAUAUAUGAAGAAGAAAAUCGUGAAGAAAGGUUCCUGGAUAGGCUAGAAAGAUUGUACUCAAAUAAGGUUCAGAAGAAAUGGGGAAGAUUGAUUAUUGAUCAAAAUAUAUUUCAUAAACUGUUCACAGAAUCAAUUGAUAAUCUGACAGAACAUUUGGUAGCAAUAUGUAGGAGACAUGAUAUGGCUGGGGUGAACACCUUUGUUCUGGUCGGUGGAUAUUCAGAAUGUGAUGUACUAAAACAAUCUAUUAAAGACAUCUUCACAGACAAGCAUAUGAUUAUUCCAGAAGAGGCUUCAAGCGCCGUAGCCAAAGGUGCUGUUCUGUUUGGACACGAUCCUGAUAUAAUCGAUUCAAGGAGAGCUCCAUGCACAUAUGGUAUAAGCACCGCAGUGCCAUUUGACUCCAGAGUUCAUCCAGCUAAGCACAGGCACAGAGAUAUGUGUGAAGAUGUAUUCAAAGUCUUUAUACCAGUUGGAACUGAAAUUGUGCCAGGCAAAACUCAGGUAGCCCACUCAUUCAACACAGCUAAGAGCUCUUCAGUAGAGAUAUAUAAAUCUAUCUCUGAACAUCCGUCUUUCAUAACAGAUCCCGGAUGUGAAAAAGUUGGCGAGAUCGACAUUAGUGGCACUGCUGGAGAAUCAACUAGAGUGGACAUUAUCAUGAAAUUUGGAGAUACAGAAUUGCAUGUCGAAGCGAAAGAGCAAGAAACCGGCAACAAAAUAUCGGCAAAGUUUAAUUUUUUGCGAUGAAAAAAAAAAACAAUGGCAACAUCCAUAGAAUUUAUCUACGAAUUGCAGUAUUCGCGGAAAAGUCUAUUUUCCUGAACAUGAAAUACAAUGAAAUAUAACGAACUAAUAAGACAUAUUUAUCAUACGUACUGUUUUAGGUUGGCGAUUGCUUUACCGUUGUUAUUUGUAUUUGCUUUUAUGUGUAUGUUUCAUCUCAUGCUAACUAUCAGUAUAAUUUUCGCCAAAUAGAAUACAAAUACACGCUUUAGGAAGAUAAUUCUACCAUUAGUUAAAAGUGUCACGCAGGCACUGACACUAGAUAGUAUUGUGUGAUCAUUCUAAUAUUAUUUUUCGCAAAAACCUGUAUAAUUCUUGUAUUAAUUAGGCAAUGUUUUCAGGAACCUGAAAAUGCCUGUCUUAUAUAAUUUUGAAGUUGUAAACUAAAAAGCUGGAAAGGUUCAGUGUUUUAUUUGGCGAUGAAAUUUUCUUUUAUAAAUAGUAUAAUAUUGUAGCCAGUUCGCAAAUUGAUAUUAUAUAGUGAGAAAAUGAUAAAACAACAUUGUUUAUAUAUAUAUAUAUAUAUAUAUAU